UCAAUAUUAUUUCAAUGCGCCCGUCAUGCGGGGGUGAAGUGGCUUUACUACUCUGCCUUUGUUCAUCAUUGCAGUCAGAGGCAGGGACGACUGCACUGACUUCCAUUCACCUCAAUAUUUUCUGAGAAUAAAAGAAGUACUAGAAGUCUCUUUGGUUGGGCUGACACUUCAUCGCUCAUGGACGUGGUGUUCUUCCCGUUGGCGUCUGCCACAGGUGCUUCAAUAGACCAACUAAAACUCAUCACAUGCCUCCUCGUGUCAUACCCUCUAGGCAGCGUAUUCAUUCGCAUACCUCAUCAUCGACCUGACCUAAAACACCUUUUCAACAUCUCGAUAUCUCUCAUCUACCUAAUACCUGUGCUCAAUCUCUGGUCGGGUUCCUUACAGUUGAUUGCUAGUGCUCUCGGAACAUACUAUCUCUCUGCUGUCAUCAAAAGCUCUAAAAUGCCAUGGAUCGUGUUCGCCUUUGUGAUGGGACACCUUACCAUCAACCACAUAGUACGCGCCAUCUAUAAUUUCAGUUAUGAAACAUUCGAAAUUACCGGUCCUCAAAUGGUAUUGACAAUGAAACUUACGACAUUUGCCUGGAAUGUCUGGGACGGUCGGAGGCCUGUUGAGGACCUGGACAAGUGGCAGAAAGAGAAAUGCAUCGUUCAGCACCCCUCUAUACUGGAGUUCCUUGGAUAUGUUUUCUUCUUCCCAGGAAUGCUCGUCGGACCUUACCUUGAGUUCGCUGACUAUAUGAACCUUAUUGAUGGAACCGUGUUCAAAUCAACUUUGACUGCGGAAGAACAGAAUAAUGCAUAUAUCCCUGCCAGAAGGUUGAUUCCCAAAGGUAGAAAGCGGGUUGCAUACCGCAAGAUGGUCAUUGGUCUGGGUUUCUUAGGCGUAUUCGUCCUGUUCGGCGACAAUUACACCUUCGGAGCUGCCGUAAAAGAUGAUUUCGCUAGAAUGAAUAUCUUCAACCGUUUUGCAUUCUAUCAGUUUUUCGGGUUCGUCGAACGAACAAAAUACUACGCCAUCUGGACGCUUACUGAGGGCGCAUCGAUCCUCACUGGCUUUGGCUUUACUGGUCUUGGUCCAUCUGGCGAGACUCGUUGGGAUGGUGCCGCCAAUAUCACCAUCAGCGGAAUCGAGUUUGCUCCUAACAUCAAGGUUCUGCUCGAUUCAUGGAACAUGAAAACAAACGUCUGGCUUCGAGAAUGCGUCUAUAAGCGUGUUACGCCGAAGGGCAAGAAGCCGGGUUUCAGAAGUAGCCUAAUCACCUUCACUACGAGCGCGUUCUGGCACGGUGUCGCCGGAGGAUAUUACAUCGCUUUCCUUUGUGGCGCAUUCACCCAAACUGUUGGCCGACUCUGCCGCAAUUACCUCCGACCUCUGUUCCUGCCCGCCGACUACGUAUCUUCCCGUACCGCUCCUCCGCCUUCACAGACAUUCAUGAAACGCAUAUACGACGUCAUCGGCAUGUUCUGCGCUGUCACAAUGAUGAACUACAUGGCCGGCGCAUUCAUGCUACUCACGCUAGAGAAAUCACUCAUAGCAUGGAGCCGUGUUUGGUGGUACGGCCAUUUUAUGGUGUUCGGUGGAUUGGUCUUCUUCUAUGCUGGUGGUAUCAGGAUGCUGAGGAGCAUUCAGAAGCAAAGAGUGAAGCAGGCGGGAAUUGCAGCGGCAGCAGUCCCAGCAAAGGCUGUCAGUGGUGUUGAAACACCCACAUCUCUGACAGAUAUGGCUGCUCCUUUGGACUCGUUAGCGCAAGAAUUUGAGGCCAGAGCUGACUUUGGAGCGAAAUUGAACUAGAUAACCGGCCGGUGUUCUGGAGGUUCUGUUGGAGAUCAUCGAUUUGUCUAUGUGGAUCCAUCUUAUGCAUAUCUAUACCUUGCUUCUUGGAUAUAUAUCCUUCUUAUACAGAC